AGCACUUGACAGAACAAUGGCCAGGAACAUGCUCAGUGAAGCGUUACUAGUGCAGCAACGCGCCUGGCCACGUGGCAAAAGGCUUGAAGAAAAGGAUUGGCCACCGUUCGAUGCGUAGCUUCGACGAUCUCGCUCCCGCUGCGAUUCGGAAUGCGCGCAUGCGAAAGCGUCGCACCUCACUCUCUUGCUGGAUGGUUCGAAUGCAUAUAAGGCAGCGACGGCCUUUUUGAGAAUUCUCAAGAAUGCAUACAAGGCAGAGACGGCCCGUGACGGAAACACAGCUUCUCUUUCGUCGCCUCAUUCGAUACCAUAUCCGGAAAUCACUGCGCACGACGGUAGUACCUCCUCAAUACCGCCUAAUUACCGCAACCCCGUCGCCAUGUCUUUUAUCGCGAGAUGCUUUCGCGUCCUCGUCGCUCUCACAUUCGUCGCCGUUUGCCUCGCCGGUAACGUAACGACCAACCUUGCCGGUAAGGUCACGAGCAACGGAUGGUACAUUCCCACGCCGGGAACGACCUUCUACUGGCAGAUCUCCGACCCGAACCUCGGUACAUCCCACAAGGAGAAGAUCUUCGAUGUUGACGGGUUCGGCGUAUCGGUGAACACUAUAACGUGGCUGAAAUCGAUGGGCAAGAAGGUCUUUUGUUACUUCAGCUUCGGGACUGCCGAGGACUACCGCAGCGAUUAUAAGGACUUCCCGAGGUCCACGCUCGGAGGACUAGGCUGCAUGAACGAGGAUUGCUCGGAGACAUGGCCUGGCGAACGGUGGCUGGAUGUGAAGAGCUCUGCUGUGCGCCAAAUACUGGAAAAGCGGAUUCAGCUAGCCAAGAGGAAGGGGUGUGACGGCAUAGAGCCCGACAAUGUGAUGGCAUACUCCAGCAACAUCAUGGUCAAACCCAUCAGCCGUUUUACGAUCACUGCCAAGGACCAGUUCAACUUCAACACAUGGAUCGCGAAUACAGUUCACAGGUACGGCAUGUCAGUGGGUCUCAAGAAUCCCGGUGCUCUCGCUCCCUCCUACAUGGCCAACCUGUUCGACUGGGCGCUCGUCGAGAGCUGCAAUUAUUUCUCGGAUUGGAGCAGCGACCCGUGGUACAGCGGCAAGUACCAGUGCGACUACUCCAAUGAGUUUAUCAUCCGCAACAAGGCGGUGUUCUCUGUGGAGUACAAGGAGCUCUGGGGGACAUCACCGGGGACAGUGAACAGCAUCCAAUUCCCACAGGCACUGUGUGCAGAUAAUAAUGCCCGCGGCUUCAUGACCAGGCUCUACGACGCGGAUCUGGGGGUUGGGCCCAGUUAUUCGUUUGCCAACUGCAUGCUGCACAAGCCUGCAGGGUGCAAUGUAUGGAAGGAGUGUAUCAAGCUGCAGGUGUACAACCAGUACAAGCAGCAAGGCAUGGCCAGAUGGGAUGCUGUAGGACAAUGUGUGAGGGCUAGGAGAGCCGCUUGUAGAUAUGCUUAGGAUUUAGGGCCUUCGCAUGUUGUCAUGAACAAAAACGAGCUUGCAUUGGAGGAUAUCUUAGUA